CAAACACUUUUAUCAGUCUUCAACACUUUAACUCUUUUGUUUUUUUUUUGGAAAAACUCUCUUUCUUAAAUUCUCAAUUUUUGCAAACUUUAAACACUCAGCUCUCAUUAUUUCCGCUCUCCAUCUUCUGCUCACAAACUCCCUACACGACUCUCUAAUCUUUGAACUGACCCAAUGCCGCUAAAAUUCAUCGGUUCUUGUAAAUAUUUCUUCAAUUUCAAGGAUGUGGUUAAACUUAAAAGAUUUUGGAAGCUAGGAAUCAUCAUUACGGUCGCGAUUUCUUUGUAUAAUUUAAGGACCCAAAAUGAGAUGGGCCUUUUCGAUCCAAAUUAGCCACAACGCAGAAAAAGGGCCAUCAUUUACUAGCUAUCCUACACGUGUCGCCUAGAAAUUCACAGAGAUUCUAAAUUCAUGCAGCAAACGCGCGCAGGUAUGGAGCAUCAGUUGAUCGCGAAACAUCGCAACAAGCACUCAACGAUCAUCUACAAGAAGGAGGAAAUUGUAUACGGAUCGGAAGUAUUUGAAUGUAGAGAGGUUUGUGCAGUUUCGGUGGCCAUGGAAACCAAGUUAGUAGAGCGGUUGGAAUCAGUGGCGGACCGUCUGGAGGCGCUGUGUUCCGGCGGAUUCCAGGCGUCGAGGUCGCUGAAUGUAGACGGAUAUGCAGCGACGGAUCCGUCGAUAGUUGUAUUCGACGGUCUGAUUUCACAGUACAUCGGGGCGAUUACCAGCGCGGCGGAGAAGAUUGGAGGACAAGUUUUGGAUGCAUCCAUGAUCUUAGAGGAAGCAUUUUUUGUUGAAAAGCAGCUUCUGAUCAAAGUCAAGGAAACUCAGAAACCCGAUAUGAAAAGUAUGCCAGAAUUUUUGAAGCCCUUGAACGAAGUAAUUAUGAAGGCUUCAUCAAUGACAGAGGGGAGUAAAUCUGAUUUCUCCAACCACUUGAAGGCCACAGCUGAAAGUCUAACAGCCCUGGCAUGGAUUGCUUACACAGGAAAAGAGUGCGGUAUGAGCAUGCCCACUGCUCAUGUGGAAGAAAGCUGGCAGACAGCUGAAUUUUACUCCAACAAGAUUCUUGUGGACUAUAAAAACAAUGAUCCCAAUCACAUUGAGUGGGCAAAAGCUUUGAAGGAGCUUUAUGUACCUGGCUUGAGAGAUUAUGUGAAAAGUCACUACCCAUUGGGUCCUGUAUGGAAUGCUACAGGGAAGCAUUUUGUAUCUGCACCUCCAGCUCCAUCUUCACUUUUCACGUCUGGAUCUCAUCAGUCUUCAUCAACAAAUUCAAAGGGAAUGUCUGCUGUUUUUGCAGAAAUAAAUUCUGGAAAGCCGGUAACAUCCGGUUUGAGAAAGGUAACAGAUGAUAUGAAAUCAAAGAACCGGGCAGAUAGAAGUAGCAUUGUUGGAGAUACUGGGAAGAAAGGCUCUGCUAAGUCAGCAUUUUCCUCUAGAGCAGGAAAUCCAAAACUAGAGCUCCAAAUGGGUCGCAAAUGGGUGGUUGAGUAUCAAAUUGACGAGAAGAAUUUGGUUAUUGAUGAUUGUGAUCCCAAGCAGUCUGUAUAUGCCUUUGGGUGCAAAGGUUCUGUUCUGCAGAUCCAAGGAAAAGUAAACAACAUAACCCUUGAUAAAUGCAGUAAGAUGGGUGUUUUAUUCACGGAUGUUGUGGCAGCUUUUGAGCUUGUUAAUUGCAAAGGUAUAGAGGUGCAAUGUCAGGGUAUUGCACCAACAAUUUCAGUGGAUAAUACAUCUGGGGUCCAGUUAUACUUGAGUAAAAAUUCAUUGGAGGCUUCUAUUACGACAGCUGAGUCUACUGAAAUCAACGUUUCAGUGCCUGCUAAAGAAGGGCUUGAUUAUGAUUGGGAGGAGCAUGCAUUGCCGCAGCAGUUUGCUCAUGUGUACAAGGAUGGGCAAUUUGAAACUGUUCCAGUCACCCACUCCAGUGGUGGUUAACUGUUAAUCGGUGACACUAAUUUUGACUUGUUAAAACGUUUGAUCAAAUUCUUUUAAUUUGUUAUUUAUUUCAAAUACUCUAGCAUAUGCACCCCGGCGGGUUAUUAUUGAAUGAGCUUCUCGUGAAGUUCUCGUUUUCAUUUCUUUCUUAUAUAUGCACAAGAAUUAAAAUUUUGUAAUUUUUGAGUUUUAAAUAUAAUUUUAUACAUUUAUUAGUUGUCA